AUGACCGAAGUCUCCUCGACCCGACUAUAUCUCGGGAAUCUUCCUCGCAAUGUGACCAAACAGGAUAUCGAAGAACAUUUUAGCACUCAUGGCACGGGAAAGAUUACAGAGAUCAAGCUCAUGAAUGGCUUCGGAUUCAUUGAAUAUGAGGAUGCGAUGGAUGCGAGAGAUAUUGUCCCUGCGUUUCAUGGUAGCGACUUCAAAGGCGAGCGGCUCACUGUGCAGUUUGCCAGAGGCCCACGCCGUAAGGAAAACUUUCCGGCUCCAACGGACCGCCCUAAUGUCCCGCGUCCUCGCCGAACAAUCUUCCGUAUGUUGAUUUCCGGACUCCCGGAAACAAGCUGGCAGGAUCUCAAAGACUUCGCCCGCCAGUCUGGACUCGAUGUUGUUUAUUCGGAGACAGGCCGCGAACCUGGAAGAGGCUUUGUUGAAUUCGAAACUGCAAACGACCUGAAAACGGCUGUAGAGAAAUUGGACGGCCGCGAAUUCAAAGGCUCUCGAGUGACCUGUGUUCCAGAUAUCCAGCCUUAUGAAGACCGUUCCUACCGUGACCCUUAUCGGUCCCGGUCUCCCCGCCGCGGCUACCCUCCUGUGGAUGAAUACGACAGAAGGUACUCUGUUCCUCGUGGUUACAGUCCCCGUGGCCAUUUCCGUGAACGAUCCCCUUUACCAAUGCGGAGGGAAUAUUACGGCGACGGUUAUGGGCGCCGCACUCCGCCACGCCCUAGGAUCGAAGAUUAUCCGCCCCCUCGUCGUCCUUAUGAUGAUCCGUAUGGCCCACCUCCACCACGUUAUGACGACCCGUACGCCCCCCCAAGGCCUUAUGGAAGACCGCGAUCCCCGCCGCGGGGUGAAUAUGCUGCUUACGAGCGCCCUCGCUACUGGUAG